AUGCACCUGCGGGACUUGUUGGUCGUGUCUAGCCUCAGUUUCGUGCCAUCCACUUUUGCACACAGCACUUAUCCUGCGGACGACGCGCUCGUAGCACUUGCUGGUCGUUCUGGACAGCCCAGAUGCGGGCCUGGUUUUGGGAAAUGCGGCGGUAAUAGUUGCUGCUCGCCCUUCGGCUUUUGCGGGAUGACGGCAGCCCACUGCCAGUCUCCAGAUUGCCAGGCUGAGUAUGGCCACUGCGAUUCUCUGCGGACUCCAGAUGGUCCGCCGACUACCGAUAUUCCUCGGCCUCAAGUUGGCAAUGUGCCAUACGCUCCACAACUGAUCAGUGCUUGCACCGUGCCAGGAACCGUCGCUCUGACAUUCGAUGACGGCCCUAACCAAUACACAACCGAACUUCUUGAUUUACUGGAUAGACAUAACGCGAAAGCAACUUUCUUCGUCAAUGGUAUCAACAAUGGCAGAGGACAAAUAGACGACCCUUCUCGGCCAUGGCUCAAGUUGAUUCAACGCAUGCAGCUUAGCGGCCACCAAGUGGCCAGCCAUACCUGGUCGCAUCCUGAAUUGAAUCAACUUUCCUCUGCGCAACGCCGUGAUGAGAUGAUCAAGAACGAAGCGGCACUGCGGAACAUUCUGGGCGCCUUUCCCACAUAUAUGCGCCCACCGUACUCAAGGUGUGAUGCAGCGUGCCUGAAUGACAUAAGUGAACUUGGAUACCAUGUGGUCUUGUACGAUAUUGAUACAAAAGACUUUGAGAACGAUAGCCCCACCGCGAUUCAGACGUCGAAAGACAUUUUCAAUAACGCUUUGGCUCCCUUUAAGACGAGUGAUCAACCAUGGUUGGUCAUUGCCCAUGACGUGCACGAGCAAACCGUACACAACCUCACGGAGCACAUGCUGAAAAAGCUUUCCAACGAUGGCUACCGCGCCGUCACCGUCGGUGACUGUCUCGGAGACCCAAGCGAGCUCUGGUAUCGUCGUGACACAAGACCUAUCGAAUCGAAGAAACCCACGGACAAGAAACCUGAAUGUAGCAAGCGAAAUGCGUGUAUCGGUACCGACUUUGACGGCACACAUAAAACUGAGCCUGGUGACAUAUCCUAUAACUCUACGAUUACCGGCAAUGCUACUCUGCCAGACGGGAAGGCUGUGGUUUCUGGUAAUGCCACCCAAGCCUCUCAGUUCGAGGGAGAGAGAGUAUCUUCUCAGGCUGCUUCCGUCUUUCUGAAAACCAACUUUGCUGCGGGAUCAAUCGUCUUGGUUAUGAUGAUGGCAAUGUUGAUGUGA